ACGAGGCUGCGUCUCGAUCAGGACGCGCGGACCGCAUUCCUCCUCAUUCAUGCCGUGCUGAGACUUCACACUCGGAAAGUGUACGCGGAGCUUUACACACUGCUGCCGAGAAAAUGCACUCAAGUUUGAGAUUUUACGCAUGGCGAGGAUAAUAAACCGAGGCAUCAUAAGCACAAGGCUAGCGGCCAUGGCGCUGCAGAUGAUGGUGUAGACGACAGCUCCGUCCCGAGAGAGAGAGCAGAGAGGACACUGGGUCAAUAAGUCGCUCUCCUCACCGUAGACUGACAGACGCUGUCCAGGUUUUUUCAAGGCCCAGGAUCAAAAGGGUGAACGGAUCACCUGGCCUACCGCUUCCUCUCAGAAAGAUAUUAAAAAUGCUGCCGUAUGGGAGGAGGCCCCUUCCCGCCUCUCUUCGCGAGGCAUUCCUCCUCCUUUUCUUCCUCUCGUUCCUCCCUCAACAUGGGGGGCUCGAGGUUAACCUCUCUUCCUUCCGGACCUUUAUCCCACCAGAGGGAGGGCUUACGCAUUUGGUCGUCCAUAACAAAACGGGUGAAGUCUACGUCGGUGCUGUCAAUUGGAUCUACAAGCUCUCCAGCAACCUGACCAAGCUUCGAAGCCAUGUUACCGGUCCCGUGGUGGAUAAUGAGAAAUGUUACCCGCCACCAGGUGUUCAAUCUUGCCCUCACGAGCUAUCACAGACUAGCAAUGUCAACAAGCUGUUGCUUCUGGAUUCAGGGCAGAACAGGCUCAUUGCAUGUGGAAGCACUUCACAGGGUAUAUGCCAGUUCCUCAGACUGGAUGACCUCUUCAAACUGGGUGAGCCGCAUCACCGCAAGGAGCACUACCUUUCAAGUGUGUCCGAGGCGGGCACUAUGUCAGGAGUGGUUAUCAGUGGAACCCAAGGUGAAGACAGCGGUAAAUUGUUUGUAGGUACACCCAUCGAAGGCAAAUCAGAGUACUUCCCGACUCUCUCCAGUCGUAAGCUGAUGGCUAAUGAGGAGAAUGCUGAAAUGUUCAGCUUCGUCUACCAGGACGAGUUUGUCUCCUCACAGCUCAAGAUUCCAUCCGACACCCUUUCCAAGUUUCCUACCUUUGACAUCUACUACGUCUAUGGCUUUAGCAGCGAGCAGUUCAUCUACUACCUAACUCUCCAACUGGACACCCAACUCACCUCGCCGGAUGCCAGUGGUGAACAGUUCUUCACCUCCAAGAUUGUCCGCCUCUGUGUGGACGACCCCAAGUUCUACUCCUACGUGGAGUUUCCCAUUGGCUGUACCAAGGAUGGUGUGGAAUACCGAUUGGUUCAAGACGCCUACCUCAGUCGGCCUGGUGCCAAGCUGGCACGAUCAUUGGGUAUCUCUGAACAGGAAGAGGUGCUGUUUACUGUUUUUGCUCAGGGUCAAAAGAACCGGGCCAAGCCACCGAAAGAAUCAGCCCUGUGCCUGUUCACACUAAGAAAAAUCAAGGAAAAGAUUAAGGAGAGGAUCCAAUCCUGCUACAGGGGUGAAGGAAAACUAUCCCUGCCCUGGCUCCUCAACAAGGAACUGAACUGCAUCAACUCGCCUCUGCAGAUAGAUGACAACUUUUGUGGCCAGGACUUCAACCAACCUCUAGGGGGCACUACUACAAUUGAGGGGAUUCCUUUAUUCUUGGACAAAGACGACGGAAUGACGUCUGUGGCGGCGUAUGAUUACCGUGGCCACACCGUAGCCUUUACCGGCACCCGUAGCGGCAGAAUGAAGAAGAUCUUGGUGAACUCCAUUACCCAGCCUGCACUGCUGUAUGAGAAUGUGGUGGUGAGCGAAGCGAACCCAAUUUUGAGGGACAUGCUGUUCAGCCCUGACCAUCAAUACAUCUACACGCUCACGGAUAAAGAGGUGAGCCGGGUGCCGGUGGAGAGCUGUGAGCAGUACAACAGCUGUAGCGAGUGUCUGGCUUCUGGUGAUCCCCACUGCGGCUGGUGUGUCCUGCACAGUGUAUGUUCACGUAAGGACCGCUGUGAGCGAGCUGAUGAGCCCCAGCGCUUUGCCUCCAGAUUGGAGCAGUGCGUCCGACUCAUGGUGCAGCCCAACAAUAUUUCAGUCACCAUGUCUGAAGUUCAGCUGGUUCUUCAGGCUCAAAAUGUCCCCAGUCUGGCUGCGGGCGUUAACUGCUCAUUUGAGGACUACACUGAGACGGAGGGACACAUCAUGGGGGGGCGUAUAUACUGCCUGUCCCCCUCCGCACGGGAGAUCGCUCCCAUCACGCGCAACCAGGGUGACAAGCGGGUGGUGAAGCUCUAUCUGAAAUCCAAGGAGACGGGGAAGAAGUUUGCCAGCGUGGAUUUUGUCUUCUACAACUGCAGUGUCCAUCAGUCGUGUCUCUCCUGUGUGAACGGCUCCUUUCCAUGCCACUGGUGCAAAUACAGACACAUGUGUACCCACAAUGCCAACGACUGCUCCUUCCAGGAGGGCCGUGUCAACAUGUCCGAGGAGUGUCCUCAGAUCCUACCGUCCACUCAGAUCUACAUCCCCGUUGGUGUCAUGAAGCCCAUCACCUUGUUGGCUCGGAAUCUUCCGCAGCCCCAGUCUGGACAGAGGAACUACGAGUGUAUCUUCUAUAUUCAAGGGAAGGAGUACAGUGUCACUGCAUUGCGCUUCAACAGCACUAGCAUACAGUGUCAGAAGACUAUGUAUGACUAUGAAGGAAAUGACAUCAGCGACCUGCCGGUGGACCUCUCGGUUGUGUGGAAUGGAGAUUUCGUCAUUGACAACCCCUACAAUAUCCAAGCACACCUGUACAAGUGUUACGCCAUGCGGGACAGCUGUGGGAUGUGUUUGAAAGCGGAUCCUCGAUUCGACUGCGGCUGGUGCGUGCAAGAGAAAAAGUGUUCGCUGAGACAGGAGUGUGCUCCUCCAGAGAGCAUCUGGAUGCACCCCAGUGCAGGAAACAGUCGCUGCGCACACCCCAAAAUCAACAAGCUGUUUCCUGAGACCGGACCACGGCAAGGCGGAACCAGACUCACCAUCACCGGAGAGAACCUGGGUCUGCAGUUUAGAGACAUUAUGACAGGCGUUAGGCUGGGAAAAGUACCCUGUGUUCCCAUUGAAGAAGAGUAUGUUAGUGCAGAAAGGAUUGUGUGUUUGCUGAAUGACGCCACAGGAUACCGCGUGCAGGAAGCCCAGGUGGAGGUGUGCGUGAGAGACUGCCUGGCGGACUACAGAGCCCUAUCACCCAGAGCUUUCACCUUUGUGACGCCGUACUUCACACGUGUUCAGCCCGCUCAAGGACCUCUUUCAGGAGGAACCAGAAUCACUAUUGAAGGAAACCAUCUCAACGCCGGCAGCUCUGUUGCGGUCAACAUUGGGCGUCACCCAUGUCACUUCAAAAAGCGGAGCUCUAAAGAGAUCGUGUGCGUGACCCCGGCCGGCGUGAUCGCGGGAAGCACUCCGGUUAUGGUGGACAUUGACUCUGCCGAGCUGAGGAACCCCGAGGUGAAGUUUAACUACACAGAAGACCCCACCAUCCUGAAGAUAGACCCGGACUGGAGCAUUGCUAGCGGUGGGACUCUCCUGACAAUCAGCGGCACCAACUUGGCCACCAUUAAAGAACCCAAGAUCCGCGCCAAGUACGGCUCUGCCGAAUCCUUCCAUAACUGCACGGUUUUCAACAACUCUGUUAUGGUCUGUCUGGCUCCGUCGGUGGCUGAUUCGGAUAGAGGCUUUGCCGAGACUGGCAGCGGACCGGAUGAGAUCGGCUUCUACAUGGAUAACGUCCACGCCCUUGUGGUCGUCAACGAGAGCUUCAGCUACUACCCGGACCCCGUUUUUGAACCCCUCAGUCCCACAGGCAUUCUGGAGCUCAAACCGACAUCUCCCCUUAUCCUGAAGGGCCGUAAUUUGAUUCCUGCCGCUCCCGGUAACUCCAGACUCAACUACACAGUGUUUAUCGGAGAGACACCGUGCGUUCUGACGCUCUCCGAGACCCAGUUGCUAUGCGAGUGGCCCAACCUCACCGGCCAGCACAAAGUGACGAUCCGGGCAGGAGGGUUUGAAUAUUCCCCCGGCACGCUGCAGAUCUACUCCGACAGCCUUCUCACCUUACCUGCCAUCAUUGGGAUCGGAGGAGGUGGAGGCCUCCUGCUGCUGGUCAUCAUCGCUGUGCUCAUCGCCUACAAGCGCAAGUCCCGGGACGCAGAUCGAACCCUCAAACGACUCCAGCUGCAAAUGGACAACCUGGAGUCCAGAGUCGCUCUUGAGUGCAAAGAAGCUUUUGCCGAACUCCAAACUGACAUCCAUGAACUGACCCAAGAGCUGGAUGGAGCUGGCAUCCCGUUCCUGGACUACCGAACCUACGCCAUGAGGGUGCUGUUCCCCGGCAUCGAGGACCACCCGGUGCUCAAGGAGAUGGAGGUGCAGGCUAAUGUCGAGAAGGCCUUGACUCUGUUUGGUCAACUCCUCACCAAGAAGCACUUCCUGCUGACAUUUAUCCGCACGCUUGAAGCUCAGCGCUCCUUCUCCAUGCGUGACCGCGGCAACGUGGCAUCACUCAUCAUGACAGCUCUACAGGGAGAGAUGGAGUACGCUACAGGAGUCCUCAAACAGCUGCUCUCUGACCUCAUCGACAAGAACCUGGAGAGCAAGAACCACCCUAAACUGCUGCUCAGGAGGACCGAGUCUGUUGCUGAGAAGAUGCUUACAAACUGGUUCACGUUUCUUCUGUACAAGUUCUUAAAAGAGUGUGCAGGUGAGCCUCUCUUCAUGCUGUACUGUGCUAUAAAACAGCAGAUGGAAAAAGGCCCUAUAGAUGCCAUCACCGGAGAGGCACGAUACUCCCUCAGCGAGGACAAACUCAUUCGACAACAGAUUGACUACAAGACUCUGACACUUCAUUGUGUGAACCCUGAGAACGAGAACGGCCCGGAGGUGACGGUGAAAUGCCUAAACUGUGAUACAAUAACCCAGGUGAAAGAGAAGCUUCUGGAUGCUGUGUAUAAAGGAAGCCCAUACUCCCAGAGACCCAAAGCAGGAGACAUGGACCUGGAGUGGCGGCAGGGGCGACUGGCUAGGAUCAUUCUGCAGGAUGAGGAUGUCACUACUAAGAUUGAUAAUGACUGGAAACGCCUGAACACACUAGCACACUAUCAGGUAACAGAUGGGUCUGUUAUCGCUCUGGUGCCAAAGCAAAACUCUGCGUACAACAUCUCAAACUCGUCCACCUUCACCAAGUCCCUCAGCAGAUACGAGAGCAUGUUGAGGACAGCCAGCAGCCCAGACAGUCUUCGGUCCAGGACGCCCAUGAUCACGCCCGAUCUAGAGAGCGGUACCAAACUCUGGCACCUCGUCAAAAACCACGACCACGCAGACCAGCGCGAGGGCGAUCGCGGGAGCAAGAUGGUGUCGGAGAUCUACUUGACACGACUGCUGGCCACCAAGGGUACAUUACAGAAAUUCGUUGAUGAUUUGUUUGAGACGAUAUUCAGCACGGCUCACCGUGGCAGUGCCCUCCCUCUCGCCAUCAAAUACAUGUUUGACUUCCUGGAUGAGCAGGCGGACAAACACCAAAUCACAGAUUCAGAUGUUCGACACACCUGGAAGAGCAACUGCUUGCCAUUAAGGUUCUGGGUGAACGUGAUCAAGAACCCUCAGUUUGUGUUCGACAUCCACAAGAACAGCAUCACAGAUGCUUGUCUCUCCGUAGUGGCCCAAACCUUCAUGGACUCCUGCUCCACAUCUGAACACAAGCUCGGCAAAGAUUCCCCCUCCAAUAAGCUGCUCUACGCUAAAGAUAUUCCCAACUACAAGAACUGGGUAGAAAGAUAUUACUCAGACAUUGCGCGCAUGCCCGCCAUCAGUGAUCAGGACAUGAGCGCUUAUCUCGCGGAGCAGUCCAGACUCCACCUGAGCCAGUUUAACAGCAUGAGCGCCCUCCAUGAGAUCUACUCCUACAUCACCAAGUACAAAGAUGAGAUCCUGUCCGCACUACAGAAGGACGAGUUAGCUCGGCGACAGAGACUGCGCAGUAAACUGGAACAGGUUAUCGACACCAUGGCUCUGGCAAGCUGAGGACCCCCUCCCCAUCUCUCUGCCCACCUCAGCUGGCUCCCUCCGACCUCCUGACCCCGCCCCCGAGCCUCGCCCACAGUCAUACACACGCACACAAACACACACACACAUAUACACAAACACACACUAAGCUAAAGGACUGCAAGGACAGAAGCAGUACACUGGAGACCCCUCAGCCCAGGGUGGAAAUCCUCUUUCAUCACUUCCUUUGAACUCAACACGCACCAGAAUGUCUCCCCGGACGCCACGUCCAACCAACUUAUGAGGACUUCGUUUUUUGGAUUUUUAUCAUUUUUGGAGUGUGUGUUGAGCCACGCUUGUGUGCUUUUACUCACCAAGGAUGUCUUGUAUUAUGAGCCAGAAGACCUUAAAGCCCACGAAGGAUAAAAGCGGUGUUUUUUUUUUCCCCCCACAAACAGAAUUUUGUUUUAGCGCUUACUUUUACAUCUUUUUUUUUGUAAACUCUUUGGGUUGAUCAAACAACUCACUCACUCCAGUCUCCUGCCACUUGUGUUACUGCUGAAUUUGCACAAUUUACAGGAACUACAACAAAUGAAAAUGAUAUAAAUAUAUAUAUAAAUGUGUAUAGAUAUAUAAAUACAACUGCAUUUUUAUACAAAAAGAGUGAAAAGAUGCGUACAAAGUUUUCCAUUUUAACAUAGAAAAGAAUAAGAUGAAUUUGAUAUGUGAAACAAAGACUGAACUAUGAAAAAAAAAAAAAUAUCGAAAAAAAUGUCCUGUGCCAUGUUUUAUUUGAAUGUUGUUUAGUGCAAAAAACGAUUUUCUUUAGAUAAAAAUGUGCUAUGAUUUAAAUGUUGACUACCCUAGUGACUGAAGAACUGAGAGUGAAAAAAAUGUGCAAAAAAGAACAAACUCAGACAAAUGUGUUCCCAUGUGGUACCUAGUGUUUUGAGGGGAAAUCGCCCUCACGAUAAACAAAAGGUUCAUUGUUUAGUUGGUGGAUGAAUCUGUGUAUUUAGUUUGUACACUUUUUUCAACCUUAUUGCUAUUAUGGUUUCAGUCUGAAAGCCACUUGAGGACAUAUUCUUUGCUAUUCCGUGCGAAAACUCGAUCGGUGAUUAACAAUUGGCCGUUUUCAUCUUGUGUUCGUUUCUCAUAUUCAGACGUGAGCACUCUAAGCCUAGGUAAUUUUUGCACAAAUCAGUCUAGAAUGAAGGAAAACUUGAGAUUUGAAGAACUGACGAAUGUGUUCCGUUACUGAUGAUGUCACAAUCGGGCAUUCCGAAAAGGCUCAGUGACAUCACAGUAAAUGUAGCAAAUGUUAAUUCCAUGCAGUUCCACUUCUCUUUUAGCAGCCUCCAUUUUUUAAAAGCGCAAAAGAACGAAAACCGAUAGUCAAAGCUUGAAGUCAUCUCAGAAAGGUGGCAACUAUCGUGUCACUUUCUUAAACGGCCGUCGUGUCGGCACAAGAAGCUUUUUUGGAAGUAGAAUCUUUUUAUGGAGUAUUUGUAUUUAUUUUGUUGUUCAAUUCGAGCUCAUAAGCUACUUGGCUUCCUCAUGCCAUUUUUAUUUGAAGUUUUUGCGCUUUCGCUUAACUCAGCAGUCCACUAACUCGUUUCCGUCAAGAUUUGCAGUGUUACAAAUACAAAUGUGAAGCGAAUUCUCAAACUGUUUCAGGGGUGUCGAGCAGAUAAAGUCGAGCUCUGCUUUACUUUUCUUCGCCAUCUUGGUUGUUUUGGAGUUUCUCUUUAUCUUCUCUCUUGCGAGCGUCGGUAACUCUGCGAGGAUGUGUGUUGCAGUGACUCGCUUUCAUGUGCUGCAGCAGUUCUCUUAAAGUCAGUCGUGUUCAAACAAGAGAAAGCCUCCCCUCCUUUGGCUUUCCACUGAGAUUAAAGCAGAAGUAGACUUUCUGAGAUGCGAUGGAAACGUCUUUGAAAGAUUUAGGUCAGAAACCCAAUGAGAGAAAGAGCGAGCAUUUGACGGGUUCUCGCUCGCGUUACCUCAGCCAUACGUCAGGGUUCGUUCCAGCUGGGAAAGUAAUAAUGAAUCACUCUUUACACUUUUAUUUAUUUUGGGAUUACGGUUUACGUUAUUGAUUUUACGCCAUUGCGAUUUCUCCUAAUCACCCAGGAGCAGGCCUCCACAACUCUCUACAACGUAUCUUCCACGGUAAAGACAAUCUCCUUGUAGACUCUGCCUUCGUUUUCGGUCUUCGCACAGGUGUUUACUGAAAACGAAUUAGAUCGAUGUUGGAUUUGCUUGCUUGUUUGUGUUUAGCUCUCAUAGCGAUCAUUUCUGUCAUUAGAGCAAGAGCAAGCUACAAAGGAAUCGUCAGUGAAGUAGACAGAUAGAUAGAUUUCUUAAAAUACAGGAUGCACUACUGUCAGACGUGUUUGUCUUAAUUUUUAAAAGUAGAAGGAAAUGCUGGACGUUUAGCAUUACAGGUGACUUAGACCCCUCCGUCUGGCCUUCCUUGCAUUAGUUAAUUUUCAAUAGAUGAGUUUCUGCAUGCUUCGACAUAAAAUGAUUUGAGAAUACAAGCAUGCUGUUCUACUUUCAUUCCAAAGGCUGAUGUUCAUGCUACAUAUCAUAAUGUACGCCAUGUUUUUUUUAUUUUAUCGUCAUUUCCGAAUGGAAAAAUCUCGAUGUGCUUUGCUUUGUGCUACGUUAGAGGGACUUUGGUGAUGGUGAUUGUAAAACAGCUGGUUGCAUUGUAAUGUCUCAGGAUGUGUGUUUCACUUGAUGUCGUCUUUGCCUUUCUUUUCAUUCGAUUUCUUUUUUAUGACGAGUGCUAUCUUUGAUUUUUCAGUCGUUUUUAGAUGUUAAGUUGUGGAACAUGUGGAACUCUUCAGAGAUACUCUAACAUUUCAAAGACUUCGCUGUGUAAAGUAUUUGAGUGAUGCUUCUCAUUUUACAACAACACUUGUUUUGAGAACUACUUUGAGUACAGGAACAAACAAAUGAAAAAAAAAGACGUCGUAGUAGAGGAAAAACAAGCCGAACAGAAGGUGUUUCAGACUCACAGAGCUUUCGUUUCGCACAGAGUGCCUUGUCAACUCCUCUCUCAUUUUUCUCGGCCCCCUUCAUUACCCACAGUCCAUCUCUUUCCAUACGCUGUCUGGCCACGCCCUCUUUCUUACACUCCUCCUCAGUCCAAAAGACCAAUCCGGGUUUUGAUUUCUGCUCAUGGUGUUUCCAGAUUGAAGAAAAAAAUCCUUUUUUGGAAGGAUGAAUUAACUUAAGCGUAGGAACAAAAUGUGAGCAUGUAGAUUUCAAAGAAAACGAAAACUAAAGAAUUUUAAUACUUUAUUAAUUCUGAUACCUUUUGAAGAGUUUCAGACUUGAAUCAACUGUGACAGGUUGGCUGUUAAAUGCUCAUUGUGUAAAUAUUGUGCUCUUUCCUAUUUUGCAAAUUUAUUAUGUGUAAAUAAACACAUGCAUCAAGGAGAGAUUAAACAUUUUUCGCUAAAA